CUGGGGCUUGGCUGCACAGCCUGGCUCUUAGGCUCCACACGCGUGUGUGUGUGUGCCUCCGCUCUCUUCUCCUGAGCCCGGGACUACAGUAGCUAGACCCCAGGAAGUGAAGAGUUGGUUUCAGGGCCCAGGAAGGGCAGGAGAGACGCAGGCAACCUCCGUGCUCCCCACUCCUCCCAACAAGUCCCCCAAGAGUCUCCCCUCCUCUUUCCUGAACUCAGUAUUUCUGGGAAAGAAAACCCAAACGUUUCCCAGAUGAAGAGGGCUCACCUGCUUGUCGUGGGGCUCUACCUGCUGUCCUCCUGCAGGGCAGAAGAGGGGUUAAACUUCCCCACGUACGAUGGCAAGGACCGCGUGGUGAGUCUAACUGAGAGGAACUUCAAGCAGAUUUUGAAGAAAUACGACUUGCUCUGCCUCUACUACCACGAGCCUGUGUCUUCAGAUAAAGUUGCGCAGAAACAGUUCCAGCUGAAGGAAAUUGUGCUGGAGCUUGUGGCCCAGGUCCUGGAACAUAAAGACAUAGGUUUUGUGAUGGUGGAUGCCAAGAAAGAAGCCAAGCUUGCCAAGAAACUGGGUUUUGAUGAAGAAGGAAGCCUGUACGUUCUUAAGGGUGAUCGCACAAUUGAGUUUGAUGGCGAGUUUGCAGCUGACGUCUUGGUGGAGUUUCUUUUGGACCUAAUUGAAGAUCCAGUGGAGAUCCUCAACAGCAAACUGGAAGUCCAGGCCUUUGAACGUAUUGAGGACCAGAUCAAACUCAUUGGCUUUUUCAAGAGUGAGGACUCAGAAUAUUACAAGGCUUUUGAAGAAGCAGCUGAACAAUUCCAGCCUUACAUCAAAUUUUUUGCUACCUUCGACAAAGGUGUUGCAAAGAAAUUGUCCUUGAAGAUGAACGAGGUCGACUUCUACGAGCCAUUCAUGGACGAGCCCGUUGCCAUCCCUGACAAACCUUACACAGAAGAGGAGCUCGUGGAAUUUGUGAAGGAGCACCAAAGACCCACCCUACGUCGCCUACGCCCAGAAGACAUGUUUGAAACAUGGGAAGACGAUUUGAAUGGGAUCCACAUAGUGGCCUUUGCAGAAAGGAAUGACCCAGAUGGCUACGAGUUCCUGGAGAUCCUGAAACACGUGGCCCGGGAUAACACCAACAACCCUGAGCUGAGCAUUGUGUGGAUCGACCCGGAUGACUUUCCUCUGCUUAUUACCUAUUGGGAAAAGACUUUCAAGAUUGAUCUAUUCAAGCCACAGAUUGGGGUGGUGAAUGUGACAGAUGCUGACAGUGUCUGGAUGGAGAUUCCAGAUGACGAUGACCUGCCCACAGCUGAGGAGCUGGAGGACUGGAUUGAGGACGUGCUUUCCGGAAAGAUAAGCACUGAGGAUGAUGACGAUGGAGAGGAAGAUGAUGAAGAUGAUGAUGAUGAUGACGACGACGACGGCAAUAAUUCCGAGGAGGAGGAGAAUGGUGACAGUGACGAGGACGAGGAAUAGCUCCGACUCCACAUGGUUUUCAUGAAAACAGAAUCGCAGGAACCCGCUUCCACACCGACCGCACAAAGUGGCAGCCAGCAGCGCCGGCCCCCACCCAGCCAGCGCCUCCCCUUUGCCAGCAUCUCCUUUCCUGCUCCCUUCUCAUCAGAAGCUGUGCAGUUCAGCCAAUGCCUUUGUACAUCCAGUCCUCCCA